AUGGGUCGCUCGCUGGAUGUCUUCUCGAGCUCCGAGACAGACGGUACAGUAUUCUCUGCCGGCAACUACGAGUACCCGUUCGAAUUCUCGAUCCCCGGUGACACCAUCGAGACCGUAGCAGGAAUCCCGGAAGCCUCAACAACCUACAAACUUGAAGCUUCAGUUAUGCAGAGCGGCCUCUCUCAGGACAUUCGCGCAGUCAAAGCCGUGCGAAUCAUCCGCACGUUGACCUCUUGGGCCCCUGCGAACCUGCACACCAUUCACAUCGAGGAGACAUUGCCGGAUAAGAUGCAGUACUCGAUACUCAUUCCGCAGAGAGAGAUUGCCUACGGCGGGACCAUUCCUCUCGAAAUGCGGUUCGCGUGUCUUCAGAAAGGUCUCAAGGUUGAGAAGAUCGACGUCACUUUGGUCGAAGCCCGGGACUUCUUUCUGCGGGCACCUCAUGAGACAGUUAACAAGCACCAGAAGACGAACCAGGUGGCCUCGACAUGGACGUUCGAAGUGGAGCAUGAGGGCCUCAGCUAUGAAGAAGCCGAUGGCUUUAGCCAGGGGUUUUCGGUCGUGUCAAAGAACCUUGAGUUGCCUCGAACGCUAGAGCAGUGCAUCCAAGAUCUGAGGUAUGCCGGGUUGCAAGUCCGACACGAGCUGAGCUUCACAGUUUGCCUCAAGGAUCAUGAUGGCAACACGUUGCAGACCAACGUCUCCUCACCAAUCCGGAUCUUCAUGACACAGAACACAACGUUCGACGAGUCUGGAAAGAUGACUAGUCAAGAGCCUGCUUUCGCCUCAGCCGAGGGCGAGCCUAGUCACGAAGCCCCUCCCAGCUACCCAGACCAUCUACACGAUCAACGAAACGACGAGAUCGGCUCUUCUGCAUCUCAAGCGUCAUACGACACGACAGAUACUGGCUCGAUUCGCAACUCUGACGAUCGUAGCCGUCCCUCGAUCGAAGAUAUCGGUCAGCCGGCUUCUCAUCUUGAGCUCAACAGAGUACCGAGCUACGGAACUGCUGUUCGUGCAACAACAACAGGUCGUCCGAACAACAGGGGCUUUCUUCCCAGUUAUGCCGAGGAAAGUGAUUAG